GACCAUUGUUUUUUUUUUUUUUUUUUUUUUUUUUUUUUUUCGGUAAUUUGAUUCGUAGGGAUAUUUAUUUUGAAUGAUUGUGUUGCUUCAGGCUAAUUUGGGUCUACUUAAGGUUUUGGUUGCAAAAUCACAAUCUGAGAUCCUGCAAAUUUACUUGAAGGGCAUGGUUGAAGGUAUUUUAGUACGGCAGGAUGACUCCAUGAAGCAUUUCAAAGCUAAGGUUAAACACUUGUUGGAGAUGCUUGUCAAGAAAUGUGGCCUUGAUGCUAUUAAAGCUGUAAUGCCAGAAGAUCAUAUGAAACUUCUUACUAAUAUCCGCAAGAUAAAAGAGCGGAAAGAAAGGAAGUUGGCAGCCAAUUCUGAGACAAGUUCCUACCUGUCAAAAGCAACUACGUCCAGGCAAAGUGGAUGGGGUCACACAAAGAUAUUUUCUGACUUUGAUGAAGAGUUUAUUGAUGGGGAUGAUAUGGAUGCUGGGACAUCUGUUGGUCGAUGGAGCAGAUUAUCUUCCAAGUUAAAAUCAAAAGCGCCUUCGUCAAGGUCAAGGAAAACGAGGUCUGGAAGGAGCUUAUUAAGAGACUCGCUUGACCUAGAAGAUGAACCACUUGAUCUUCUGGACCAGCGUAAAACAAGGCUAGCUAUUCAUUCUGUUGGAAAUCUGAAAAGGAAGCUUGAUUCAGAAGAUGAGCCCGAGUUUGAUGAGGAUGGACGACUAAUAAUUCGUGAGGAAGGAAAACCCAAGAGUGAAAAAUCUUAUGAUGAUAAUUAUGAAUAUGAUGAAGAUAAAACUGAUGUUCGAAGUUAUGUUUCUUCUAAAUCAAAGAAGGCUGACCAGAAGCGCAAAAAAACAUCUGAGUCAGGAUGGGCCUAUACUGGAAAUGAGUAUGCUAGUAAGAAGGCUCAUGGAGAUGUGAAAAAGAAGGGCAAAUUUGAGCCGUAUGCAUACUGGCCACUGGACCGUAAGAUGCUCAGCCGUAGACCUGAGCACCGGGCUGCUGCUAGAAGGGGUAUGCGUAGUGUUGUUAAGUUGAAGAAAAAGCUCGAAGGCGGGAGUGUUGCAAGUGCACUUUCCAUGAAGAGCAAGGUGAAAAAGGCUCAUAAGAAAUGAAAGAUAGCUUAGAAUGCUCAAUAUUCUUUUAAUGAAUUUUUUGUAAUUUUCGUGUUAUUUAUAGAAAAAAAAUAGGAAUUUUGAAAAGAAUUUAUUUUAUUUUUCUCCCUUGUACAGUGUACACAUAUUUUAUGAGUCGACAAUGAAGUGCAGUCUAAUUUUGACGUCACGUAAAUUCAUGA